AUGUCUUCUUUGCGACUUGUAUUUUUUCCCGCCAAUUUAUCUCUUUCUUUCUUUUUUCCUUUCAUUAUCCUUAUCGUCUGCUUCGCUCUUUUGUUUUAUUGUCUGUUAACAAAAACCAGAACGUUCACAGCAACUGUAUUGGGACCAAAUGGACGAUUACCUGUCAAUGUCGAUUUAGAAGAGAACAAGACGAGUGUUAUAUUCACACCAGUGAAAGAGGGCGACCAUUACGUUCAUUUGUAUUGGUGUGACAUCUCACUGGACAUGUCUCCAUUAUUGGGUUACUGCCCUGGACCUAUGGGAGAAUUGGACAGCAGUAAAGUUGUGGUGACAGGUCGUGGUUCGGUUGAGGCCCGUGCUCUUGUACCGGCGGAAUUCAUCAUCGAUGGUCGAAAAGCUGGGAAAGUGGAGGUACCUACUUUUAUAUCUUUCCUGCACUCUGCUUUUUAUUUCUACUUCAUUUUCCUUCUCUAUUUUUUUUAUUCGGCACGUUUUACCCUGUCUUUUUUCUUCCUCUUCUCCUUAAUCAUCUCUCAAUAUUCUUUGUCUCUCUCUAGUCCCCACCCCCCAGAUUCUAUCUCUUCUUCCCCACAGCAUUAUUUACAUCUUCCGCUAAUCAAGCUCUCUCCCCGCCGCACUCAUUCUUUCCAUUACUCUUCCGUAAUUUCAUUUUUGUUUCUUUUCUUCUUUUUCUUAUUGUCUAUUCUUUCUUUCUUUCUUUCUUUCUUUCUUUCUUUCUUUGUCCAUCAUUUCCUUAAUUUCAUUUUUUGUUUUUUUUUCUUCUUUUUUUUCUUAUUGUCUAUUCUUUCUUUCUUUUUUCUUUCUUUCUUUCUUUCUUUCUUUCUUUCUUUCUUUGUCCAUCAUUUCCUUAAUUUCAUUUUUGUUUUUUCUUCUUCUUUUUCUUAUUGUCUAUUCUUUCUUUCUUUCUUUCUUUCUUUCUUUCUUUCUUUCUUUCUUUCUUUCUUUCUUUCUUUGUCCAUCAUUUCCUUAAUUUCAUUUUUGUUUUUUCUUCUUCUUUUUCUUAUUGUCUAUUCUUUCUUUCUUUUUCUUUCUUUCUUUCUAUUCCCUAAAUUCAUUUUUUUCAUUAUUCUCAAUGUCAUUUCUUUCUUUCUUUCUUUCUUUCUUUCAUUCUUUCUUUCUUUCUUCAUAAUUUUUUAUCUAAUUUUUUCCCACAUUAGUUUUACUUAUUUUAAUAUUUUCUUUCCAUCAGGCUCUCUUUUGUUCCUUAUUGAUUUUAUUUCUUUAUAUAAUUAUCUUUUUUCUCUUACAUCCUUUCUUUCUUUUUUCUUUCUUUCUUUUGGCGAUCAUUCUCCUUACCCUCUCCUUAUAACGCCAUCAUUUUUUUUCUUUACCUCAAUGCAAAAGUCUUUCAUUCUUUCUUUCUUUCUUUGCUUAAAAUCGUCAUAUUUGUUAGUGGCAAAUGCUGCACAAAAUACACAAUUCUAUCUAUCUAUCUAUCUAUCUAUCUAUCUAUCUAUCUUAUAG